AUGGCCUUCUCUCUGGAGAGGGCGGGGGAGGAAUGGAAGGGAGGAUGUGCUGAGCCGCGAACUUCUGAACAGGGAAUCGGCGAAGGCGCGGAAACCUGUUGCUUUGCCUACGAGCCUUGCACGUUGUCUUCUCUCUUGACGUCUUCGAUAUGUUCGCAAGGGACUUCUUCCACGUGUGCCUCUUAUCUCACGUCUUCCCACUCCGUCGAGUUACCGACUGCUUCCAGAACGGCAGACGCCGUGUUUCUUCAGCCCACCACCCGCCACGGUCUCGCGCAUGCGCCCUCGGCUUUUGCUUCGUCUCACUCGAGAAAUGCAGCUUUUUGUGGGUUUCAGGACCCCGAAGAAGGCGCCGGUUCUUUCUCCACCGCACCUCCGUCUGUUCCGCCGUUUUCUGCCGUCCAAGGACGCGAAACUGAGAAGAAAGUGGAACCCGUCCAUCUCUUGGCGAGGUCGGCGGCAACUGUAUGCAGAGAGGGCUAUGGCGGCUUGCCGAGCUCUGAGGAGGAGAGCCGAGACGAAGAGCGAGAAGCCGGGGAGGAGACACUCGCUGGGGAAAAAGCAAAAGACGGCGGAGCGAAGAGCCACAGUGGAGACGAAGGCUGCGCGGAAGAAGCUGCGCGAGGGCUACCUGGAACUCAGGUGCGACACCUGUGGGGUUUGGGAUACACGCUUGAACACAGCCGCAAGAAACUGAGUUUCGAAGCUUGCCACGGGUCUUGCUCCCAGCCCUGCAACGGAACGAAGGGAGAUGUGCCUGUGCUUCGAGUGAUCCAAGACGUACGAGACGAAGACGUAGCUCUCGCGCAAAACGCAGCUUUCUGUGAGGAGCUGCAGACUUCGUGUCUCCGUCUCUCGCCCUUCUUGAAGACGCCGGCACUGUCUCUCUUUUCGUCUCCUAGGCUGUUCCUUCCACGGCCUUCUUUCGCCUCCUCCUCGUCGCCGCCGUCGCCCAUAUCUGCCACCUUCUCCUCUCCUUCCUCGUCAGCUGCCUCUUCGUCCGGACGGCGAGACGCAGAGACAGGCGGCGGGUCGUACAUCCUCUACUUGGAGCCGUCGCCUUCGUCUCCUCUCCACCGCGUCCUUGACGACAACGCAAAGAAAGUUGCAGAAAUCUGGGGACCGGACCCCGCCCACUGCUACCCCCCUCACUGUUCGCUCUCCGGCUUCUUCACGUGCACAGACAUAGAUGCCGUCAAGCAGUCUCUCAUUGCUCUCUUCCGAGCGACGCCUGCGUCGGAGGACAGAGCGCGAGGUCCAGGACCCGCGGGCGAAACGCGCGGAGAAGAAGGUGCUGACGCGGCAGGAAAAGGAGACCUGUGUGCCGCGAGUGAAAAACGAGAAGCUGACGUCUACUGUGGGGACUGCGACGAUGAUGUGCAGAGGAAGAUGAUGCGACAGGAAGAGGAGCAGGGCAGAGAAAUGAACAUGGAAGUCAACAGAGAUAGAGAAGACGGACAGCGGACGCUUCUGGGUCGCGCCGGGAGUGGGGUGAUGAGCCGAGAGACAGCCGGCAAGAAAGAAAACGCGUGUGGGGAGAAAGAAUACACAGAAAGGGUCGGUGAAACGGGGGUACUCCCGUACAAAUCGCUUCGUUCAGCGUAUCCAAAGUCGUUCCCGUCGACGCCGAGGGAGAGGAAAGAAAGGGCUGCGAGAGCGGAGAGUAAAGAACCAAGGUGUUUCCUGGGCUGUGUGUCGCCGCCUAGAUGCCAAGAAGGAGACGCGUCCAACCUUUCCGGCGACCACAUCGUGCGGCGCGUGAGAUCCGAACGCGCGCUCCACCUCAUUCGGAGUUCGGCCUACUCCGAUCCUGGGGAGUACGCACUCAAUCCGUUGGAGGGGAAGGGAAUUCCACCUGUCGUAGAGAACGCGUGUUUGUCGUUUUCUGAACCAAGCGACCGAGAAACUGAGUCCCGCGCUGCUCUAAUAUCUUCUGCAGUCUUUCCUCUCUUCUCCGAAUCGUCGCCGACCUCUCACAAGGGUGACCGCGUCACAAGGCAGAAGAGAGGUAUCGUCUCCGACGCUUUUUCUUUCUCAGAAAGUGGCGAAGACCUUCCGCCUGCUUCUAUUGUCUCGUCGCUCUCUGCGGGUUCUCUCCCCUCUGUUGCCUCUUCGUGUGAGGCCUCGGCGUUUCCUGUCUCGGCUUCCCAUGCACCCUUUCUGUCCUCCUCGCUGUCGCCAUCAGAUCGGUCGAGCAAACAGACAGAGGCGUCGUGUCGAGGUCCACCUCUCGCGGGUCGUAGAAUGCUGUCGGGGUCGCCACGGCGGUUUCUGGAGUCACCUGUCAGUCCCCACAGUGUCGACGCAGAGGACAGAAGGGGGGACGUGAAAGAAGAGGAAGAGGAGACACUGGGGAGACAAGAAGGCAAGAAGACCAAUGCUCGUGAGGAACAGAACGGGAAACGCCAGCCCCUGUGCACAAGGACGAGCGUCGACCGAAACAGAGAGGGGAAGUCUGACGCGGGAGACAGCGACCCGGAAGCAGGAGAAAAUGAGGAAGAAACGUCCUCCAGAGAAGAAGAAAAUGUGGUGAUUAGCACAGAGGACGGCUACGUUGUUCUCUGUCUCUCCAGCACUUGUCUGUCGCAGACUCUAGUUCGCCUAAAGGACCAUCUCCGGGAUGCAGCUCAGGUUCAGUUUCGCAUGAAGGCGGGAGACCAUGUCACGCUUGCCUCCCACCGCUCUGACCCCAAGACAAGAGAAGCCAUCAAACACUUCUAUCAGAGUGCGUUUUUCGGGAGCAGAAAAUUGCUGCGGGAGAGCACGUGGGAUGUUGUGCUCUUUCAACUUGAGAAGAAGGCGAAAAAUUACCUCACCGACGGUCGCCAUCGGUUCUCAGAAGUGAUCCGUUUCCCGUCGUUUCUCCGCGCAUGCCCGUCGUCUCCGUGCGGUUCGCGAUGUGCGUUGACCGCUGCCAGCGACGGAGCUUAAAACGCCAAGCGCAUGAAGCCGAGACCUAUGCCGAGAGACAGCGGUGAAACGAGAAAUUCAGGAAGAUGCAGUGGAAGAAAAGAGGCACAGGAAACGGCUGGGAACGCUGUGGCCUCUCUCUUACCACUGGCUGUCUUUUUUUCUGUCAUCAACGCAAGAGGAUCGGAGAGAUCUAUUGUCCUCUCUUAGCAGAGCAGCUUCAUACGGUGUGACAUGCAGAGUCAUUACGUGUGUUUUCAGAGACACGUGAAAGGAGUGCCUGCACAUUUACGUUGGAGACGAGAUGGGUUGCUCAUCGAAACCAUGUAAAGCACAAACCACUCGAAUUUUACGAUAACUGGAGGGAUCUUCUCCCA